AUGGUUGCCGAAAUCAUCACCACCAUCUCGCCCACCACCAACAAGCCUGUCCUCACCCGCCAUGGCCUAUCUCCAGACGAGAUCCUCCGACUGGGGACCACCGCGCAGCAAGCUUUCAAAUCGUAUGGCAAAUCGCAUCCCACACUCGAAAGCAGACAGAAGAUAGUGAGCAAGGCACUGGAGAUCCUGGCGCAGAGACAAGAUGAGCUGGCACGGGAAAUCACCGAACAGAUGGGGCGGCCGAUCGCAUACACAGGCAAAGAAAUCAGCACGGCGGUCAAGCGCGCCGAAUACCUGAACAAGAUCGCACCCGAGGUACUGGGCAAAGACAUUCCAGGCGAACCCGAGGCCGGGUUCAAGCGAUACCUGCGCAAAGAGCCGGUCGGCGCGGUGCUGGUCAUCUUCGCGUGGAACUAUCCCUACCUGAUCCUGGUGAACAGUCUGAUUCCGGCGCUGCUGGCGGGCAACGCGGUGAUUCUCAAGCCAUCGCCGCAAACCCCCACCAUCGCCGAACACAUCGUGGACAUCUUCACCGCCGCCGGCCUCCCGUCGCACGUCAUCCAAUACCUGCACUGCGGCAACCCGACGGAUCUGCGCCCGUUGAUUCUGUCGCCCGACGUCAACCACAUCUGCUUCACGGGUUCCGUUGCGGCAGGCAUUGCCAUCCAAUCCAUCGCCUCGUCCCGAGUAUCCUGUUCCGUAGGCCUCGAGCUCGGCGGCAAAGACCCAGCCUACAUCCGCCCGGACGUCGACGCUGCAUGGGCCGCCGAAGAGAUCGUCGACGGAGCCAUCUUCAACUCCGGGCAAUCGUGCUGCUCCGUCGAGCGCGUAUACGUCCACGCCGACAUCUACGACUCGUUCGUGCAGGAAGUGAAGAAGGUGCUGGCAAACUACCGCCUCGGCGACCCGAUGGACAAGUCGACACAUAUCGGCCCCGUUGUCUCCGCGCGCUCCAAAGACGCCAUCCUCAAACAAAUCGCCGAGGCCAAAGCCGCCGGCGCCGUCGACGAGACUCCCGAAAACGCCACCUUCUCGUCCCUGCCGGCCGAGGGCAACUUCGUGGCCCCCGUGCUCUUGACCAACGUCAAUCACAGCAUGUCGGUGAUGCGCGACGAGACGUUCGGUCCCGUCAUCCCUGUGCAGAAAGUCGGUGGCGACGACGAGGCUGUGGCGUUGAUGAAUGAUUCGCAGUUCGGAUUGACCGCGUCCAUUUGGACCAAGGACGUCGCCACGGGAGAGGAGCUCAGCCGUCGUGUCGAGGCCGGAACGGUCUUUGUCAACCGCGCCGAUUACCCCAGUCCCGACCUCGCGUGGACUGGCUGGAAGGAUUCCGGAAAGGGUGUCACGCUUAGUCGGUUCGGCUUCGAUCAGUUCGUCAAGUUGAAGAGUUUCCAUGUGAAGGAUUAUCCGAAAUAA